AGGGUCCGCAGGUCAUCUUAUAUACCUGCUUUUGUUUUGCCGCUCAUUUCGCCCCCCGCCCCCUAAAAUAUAUCGGAACUUCUUGGUAAACUUGGCGGCGAAAGAUCGAAUCACCACAAACUGACCAAUGGUGACUUGAGCUAUAAUCCAUUCGCCGUUUGUAUUAACCAACGAUAAUUUCUUCAUAAUUUGAAAAAGUACGGAGUGUCGAGUAAAAAUUCUUCAUUCGUUAUUUGAGCGUUGACGAGGCUUCUCUGCUUUCGUAAACGAAAUCGCGAAGUGUUCAAUUCAACAAUUUAUGAAGAACAUAAGUUUUUCGAAGAUAAAAGUACUUCGCGUUCAAAUUGAAAACCACCGUAAAACUGUGCUCAUGUCUGGUCUGAAGUGAUCGCGAACUUAGUAUCGACGAUAUGACCAAGAAAAAUUUCGAAACUAGAACAAUCAUUUGAGUGAAGUGAAUUUGUUUAUACUGUUUCUUAUAUAAAGAGUGUUUUUAUAAAUGAAAACUAAACGGCAGGGACAAAUGAAAAAGUGCGACAAACAAAAAUGAUACAAUAAAUAUGAAAUAAACAACAUACUUGAACAUACUCGUGGAAUAUAGACUAAAAAAAGGAGAAAAAGUUACAGCAACUCGAGAAAUCUCGACACUUCGAGAGUUCGUAACAAUCGAUCGUGGAAUGGUGCGGCGUCGAUCGAUAUAUAUCGAGAAAAAAAAGUGUACGCAACGAAGUGAGGGUCGCAUGAAAAAGACAGGCCGUAUAUACGUGCGUGGUUUCGUAAAAGCCCCCGACGCAGUCGUCCCAACGCUUUUAUCCCGUGUGUGUAUGUGUAUAUAUAAAUGGCGACUGACGAAAAAUGGUACUUCACAAAGGAACAGCUUGCAAACACACCAAGUCGAAAAUGCGGGAUAGACGCCGAUAAGGAGCUAAGUUGUAGGCAACAGGCCGCUAAUUUUAUCCAGGACAUGGGCCAACGUUUGUCGGUUACGCAAUUAUGCAUAAAUACAGCAAUAGUGUACAUGCACAGAUUCUACGUGUUCCAUUCACUGUCGCAGUUCCACAGGAACGCAAUAGCGACGGCGGCUCUCUUUCUCGCUGCCAAAGUAGAGGAACAGCCAAGAAAGUUGGAGCACGUUAUCAAGGUUGCUCACGUAUGUCUCCACAAAGAUCAGCCGCCACCUGACGUACGAUCCGAGCAAUAUCUGGAUCAAGCUCAGGACGUGGUGUUCAACGAGAAUGUGCUUCUUCAAACUUUGGGUUUUGACGUAGCCAUUGAUCAUCCCCACACCCACGUUGUCAGGUGUUGUCAACUGGUUAAAGCGAGCAAGGAUUUAGCCCAAGCUUCGUACUUCAUGGCAUCUAACAGUCUACACAUGACUACGAUGUGCCUGCAAUACAAACCAACUGUAGUGGCCUGUUUCUGCAUACAUCUCGCCUGUAAAUGGUCCAAUUGGGAGAUUCCGCAGAGCAACGAGGGCAAACAUUGGUUUUGGUACGUGGAUCGUAGUGUUACAUCAGAGCUGCUACAACAACUUACCGCCGAAUUUCUUCACAUAUUUGAUAAUUGCCCCUCGAGACUUAAACGACGAAUAAAAAGUAUUUCGGCGAAGCAAAGCCCCAGCCUCAAUCACUCGAGCUUGCCGAAUUCUCCAUUUGAUACGGAACCUCGUCAAGUAUCACCAGCCGCCGAUGGCGGUCCGACUUUCCAAUCGUCCCGUCCAUUUCCUCUGGAAGAAACGAAAAAACCGGUCGGUCAAUCGUCGAUAUCGUCGUCAUCGGCGACAACAGCUUCGUCGUCACGACCGCCGGUCGAUUAUCGCGAAUACCGUGAGAAAAAAGAGCGCGAGCGUCUGGAACGUGAAAAGGCCGCUGGGAAUAUAUCCAAUGCCGGAGUUUUGUCGGGUGAGAGUGGAGCAGUGAAAUCGCACCAUUCGCAUUCUCAUCACGGUAAACAACAAACAGGACAGGCAUCAAUGGGCUCGAGUAAACAUCCGGGGCUUCCCGGAGCGAAGCUCGUGUCGCAUCACAAUCAUCACGGUGCUCAUAGGAACGAGGGCAAGCCGAGCGGACAAAUAGCGUCUCAGAGGCACUCGUCUUCGUCCUCGUCAGUGACGUCGGUGAGUGGACAAUCCGGUCGCCCUCGUGUGCCAAGAGAUUACAAUGCUGUUACGACGGGGAUCGCUGGAAGCGCAACCGCCUCGGGUUACCAGCAGCAUGGGCAUCAGUCCAAAGACGCGCCUUCGAAUAUUGGAAUGGCGGAUGCAACAGCGGGUCUGGGUGACGCGACCGCGUCUACCUUCGAGGACAAUCACAUCGCGACGGAAAAAAUGUCGAAUCAUGGCCGUUCAAUCGAGGCUAAACAUGAAAAAUCGCAGCAACGGGGCUACGAUCCGCGCCACAAAUUGUCCGAGCAUGCUCUUAAAGAAAGCGAACAAAAGAAUUACACAAAGUAUCACCAGCUGCAUGAGCAGCAACAACGAAGCAGAAAAACGGUCGACGUUGUCGAGCAGAGAAGCGAGGAAGUGCGCAAACUCAUUGAUAAACCAUUGCCAGUGCCUAAAGCUUCGAUAAGGCCCGAAAUAAACUCGCAAAAGGACGAUUAUACGGCCGGAAUGAUGAAACAACCGCAUCUCAAAUACGGACAACAGCAUCAGACGAGCGACAAACAAUCGUUGCUCGGUGCUGCGCCCACAGUCGGUAAUGUUUCUCGAAAUCCUCAGGAAUACGGGCUCGCCAGCGGUGGAUCGACGAGGGACAAAGCUUCCGCGUUGUCUAAGAAUUCACAGUUGCAACCGCACUCGAAUCCUGUAUCAAUUUCUGCCAAGAAAUUCGACAGUAAGAGCAACGUUAAAAACGGCAAUUCUCAAGCGAUGGCCCUCAUCGACGAGGUCAAACUCGAGAAACGCUCCCGUCAUCAAUUGGACGACGAACGUCUUCAGGCUCAUAUCGUCAAUCAACAAACCUCCAAUGUACAGCACGGAGUUCUCUCGCAACCGGUAAAACAGCACAAGUCCUUAUUCAGUCCAGAAAAAAUAACGAAUCCGAGGGAAUCUCACACGCGGAUGUCACGCUCAUCGCGACAAAAGACACCUCCGUCAACCGGCAAUGUGAACGUUUCUGGGACUACCGGAGCUACGAACAUUAUGAAAAGUUCCAAGAUUCAUGAUAGGGUACCCGAUCAAUUGAGCAGUCUCGAUCACGUUGGAUCCUUCGACAAUUCGCAAACGGUUCAUCAGAGCCAGCUCAAUCAUCAAAGCACGUUGCAACACCAGCAACACCAUCAUCAUCACCAUCAUCAGCAGCAGCAGCAGCAGCAUCAUUCGCAAGUGCAAAAUCCUCAGGAAUCGUCCUCGACGAAGGCAACGUCGCACAGUAAGAGACAUCGUAACUUGAGCAUCGGGGAUUCGUCGAAGCAACAGCAGUCCGUGAAAAUGGAGCCGCAGAUAAAAACGGAAGGAUCGACCAAGCUGCAAAUGCCCUCGAUUAAGAUGGAACCAUCGAUAAAAAUCGAGAUGGAAGACAAUCGCGACAGUUACGAGAGUAUGAAAAUGUUGGGACGAGUCCCGGAGAUGUUGCAACCGAUCCGGGAGGAUCUAGCCCCGAGCAACGGGCGCGGCGGUAUUCACGGGGCAAAUACGGCGCCGAGUCCCAUAGUUAAUGAUCUCAAAAUGCCUGAACUGAUAAAGCCUUUUGAGCCGGAAGUUGCCGUACGACAUACCAGUUUGACAAACGGCUUGGAUUCCAAUGUGCUCAACAAACGCGAAGACGUGUCGCGCGACUCCGCGGAUUCGGAUUUUUGCAGUACGCAGUUGACCCGAAGCUCGCAAGAUUAUUUGUCGCCGAUAAAAUCAGCCCAGAGCAUAAGUGCGCUGUUGCAGGAGCCACUGGCCCCGAUGCCCUCGUUGCUUCAAGGUAUCGACGAUUACACCAACUCGCAACAACAAACGUCCUCGCAAACGUCACAAACUCAUUCAGAAUCAACGCUGAGUUCGUCGCAACGAUCUUAUCAAUACCCCGAGAGCCAGGAUACGAUAACGACGUCGCGUGACAACCGUCAAGCGACCAGUGGCACGAGCUACCACCAACAAAGCGUUCAAUCGGCAAUGGAAAUGUCGAGUGGGACCGCCAGCGAGAAGGAACUUUUGUCAACGGUAGAUAUAUCGGCGCUUUCGGCCCCUCAACAAACCAUACCGGAGGCGACGUCGACUAAUCAUCAAAUUCUUAAUCUCUCUCAACAGCCGCACUUGAAAAAUCUUGAGAGCGUUGCGCCUGUGCUUUCCAACGAGGAUACAACGAGCUCCGCCAACCCUGUGGCAGCGACGAACCCAAACCCAAACCCUUCCGACGCUCUCGGCAACUCGAGUACGAAUACGAGCGCGACGAGUAGCGGCCCGACGAGCGCGACAGCGGUAUCCUCGGUAUCGAAAAAGUCGAGUCAUCACAAGAGCGACAAAAAGAAGAGAAAGGAAAAGCACAAGCACAAAGAAAAAGACAAGGAUAAGGAAAAAUCGCGUGACAAAAAGAAAGCGAAACGCAAGGAAAAAGAGAAAGAGAGACACAUCAAAAUAACGAUACCGAAGGACAAAUUGAAUCUGUCGAGUUCCGAAAGCGCGAGCGCGUUGGCCGUUCAAACACCGAGUACAAAUCCAGCGGCGAGUAGUGCCGUCGUACCGGAGAAAAAGUCACCGCAAACCGCCGCAACAGGUUUGAAGAUAAAAAUACCGAAAGAGCGUUUGAAAGGCAACAGCAACGAAACGCCGUCGCAGAGUCUGGUGCAGGCGCCCCUCAAGAUUAAAAUUCGAACUUCCGUCGGGGAGAAUUCCGAGAGUACGGUCAGUAUGAGUACGAGCUCGAGUCGGAAGAGGGAUCGAGAAACAAUGGCGAACGAGGGAUCGGCAGCUGCUCCACCGAGCAAAAAACCGUACUCCCAUCAUCACCAUCACCACACGUUGGGUACGACUACGGGGAGUGUCACGACGACAGCGUCGACGAUGACCGCGAUGACGAGCGCGUCCUCGAUGCCAACGACAACGGCCAGCACCGGCAUCGCCGUUACGGCCAAUCAACAUCAAAGUCAACAGCAUCAAUUGCAGGCCCCUCCCAGCUAUGUUCAACAACCCGGACAGAGACAAAACGGACGUCAUUACAGCAGCAAUAACAAGGACAAACACACGUCGUCGAGUCAUCACAAGAGUUCAAACAAGUUGUCGCAGCAGCAGCAGCAACAGCAACAACUGCAACAGCAGCAGAUGCAACUUCAGCAACAGCACCAUCAACAUUCGCAUCCAACGUAGUACGUAAAGUAUCAUGACGUUAUUGUAUAGACAUUAAAACGAGGUAGAAGAGAGAAUAACAAACAAGAACGCUGGAUAAACAAAACAAUUAACAAAUCGUCCAAACGAGAAACCGGAGGAGAGAGAUUUGCGGCGAAAGUAACUAUGACACAUCGUGCAUUUAUUUCAUCGAAAAACUUAUCGUGGAAAAUGAAAAUUGGAGAAGAUAAAAAUAUGAAUCGAACAAAAAAUCUCAAGUCGUACAGAAAUAAUCGUUGCUCCGCCGCCAUUUUGUUUCGUUCUGCCAUUUUAUUUACGCGGGCCUUACGAGGCUUUGAAUUAGUGAACGAAAAAAAAAAUCUCAUUCUCGUUUCGCGUAUAUACUACGUAAGACUAUCGAUUGUAAACGUGUGCCAGUUUUACGAUACGAUCGCCUUUUCUUAGUUAAUUUCUUUUUCUUGUUAUCGAUUAAACCUUACUAUAAUAGAUUAAUUAAACGAAGAAAAAAGGGGGAAAACCAAGAGGUCUCUUGAUCCUCGAAAGUCUCGUUCAUCCGGUAGUAAAUAAAUUUUAAAAACUUGUUUCGAAUUAAGGUGACUAAAACUAUGCCUGUGCACACACGAACACACACACAUACACACACACAUAUAUAUUAUAGAUAUAUAAACAGAGCGCCGAGAACAAUUUCGUGAACAAAUGUAAGAGCAAAAAAUGCACGAAACAACAAAUGAUAAAUUUAAUUUGAAACGCAGAUGAGGAGAUUGUAUAGAAGAAGAGAAAGAGAGGAACGCAAGCUGGCGCCUUACGUUAGCCAAAGUUGAACGUAUUGAAAAUAAUAAAAAAUUGGAAAAAAAAAAAAUUUUUAAAAAGGCAAAACGUGAAACAACUUCUCGUAUUAGAUAAACAAAAUGAUUAACAAUUAACUCGUCAACAAAAAGUUUUAACGGAAAAACGCUAUAUAUGCCGAUAUAUAUAUAUAUAGUAGAGAAAUAUAAAAACGGGGAAAAAAACUUAAUUGCUCGAAGAAGUGAAUAUACCCGUUCACGACAAAAUUCCGAUUAGAGAAUGAUGAUAAAUGUUAAUUGCACUGCGAUCCUGAUUCGUGUAACAGCAAUUGAACACGCGUCGUGCGUGCCAAAUCGCUGCGGUUUCAAUUCGAAUCGCGGUGUAUAUUAUCGAGAUUAUUCUUAACUCAGGUGAAGAUAUAAUUUGUUGCGCUAGACCAGCAGGACUAGCACGAAUCCUUAAUCCGGAAAUUUCAACAGAAAUAACAAAAAAUCCCUUUGAUAUAAAUAUUGUUUUUUUUCUCAUGUUUUCUUCUUUCACAAAUUAUUGCGAGAUAUUUAUUCAUUCAUCGAUACCUCUUCGAUUUUCAGUUCUGUAAAUAGUCAUCCAUACAGCUUUCAUCCCUUGAUAUAAACAAACGAAACGAAAAACCGCAAACAAUCUGGUCCCUGCCCUCUCACCCACCCGUCCUUUCCAUAUACAAUAUUUACCAUUAUGAUAUAGCAACUAAUCCAAUUAUACUAUAUGCCACUUAGUAUAAUUAAAGCUCUAGAUAAACCAUAAUUAUUGAUGAUUAAACUAUUACUAUUAUUAUUAUUACCAUUAUUAAUAUUAAUAUUAUUAUUAUUAUUAUUAUUAUUGAUUCAUUGUCAGACUGUAAAUAAAAUUAUUUUGUAUGCCAAAAUAAACCAAAUGGAUGAGACUCUGCGCCGAAACAAGAGGCAAAAAAAGAAAUCUAAAAAAAUUCCGAAGUAACUCUGAAGAGAAGUACGCACACACACACAGCCGAGGCGAUUCGUUCGAAUGUUGCUUUUCUUAAGGCAUUCAUGUAUAUGCAUACGUACGUUAUUAUGUACUAUAUACAUAUACAUAUGUGCAUACACACGGCUAUGAAAUUUUGAAAUGCGAUUAAAGAUUGGUGCAAUUGGUUAUACGAAAAUAAAACAAAAAGUGAUACGAGAAAAGUCGGUAAGAGAAAAAAAAAGGGAAAAUACAUGAAUUUUUUGUGGCAGCUCGGGAAUCUUCGUUGUUCGUCCUGUAAUCGAUCGAUUUAAUUAAUCGAAUUCGUAGAUUUAAGCGGAAAAGUGAAAAUGAUAAAAAAAAACAGAUAUAAAAAAUAAAGCGAAAAGAAGCGUAAUAAACAAAUUUAAGGACACUGCAUAUCGUGAGAAAUUUUGUCGCGAGGCCUAAUUCGCUUCAGCGUUAAGCUUUUAGUUAGAUUUAAAGAAAACAAAAAAGAAAAACAUUGAAGAAAAAAUCCCAAUGAUACACGAAGACGAGUGAAACGAAAAAUUUUGAAGAACGCGCGCCGGAGCUGACUAGAAUUUGAAAAAAAAAUAAAUAAAGACUUAUAGACGUAAAAGAAAAAAAAUAAAAAACAUUGUUAUCGCCGAAGGAGAGAAUGAAACGAGCAGGAGUCUGUAAAAUAAAGGAAGAAGAAAAAACCGAUUA